AUUUUAAUUAAAUUUCUUUUGUCCGAAAAUUACAGUUCACAUCACAACUAACCGUUUAUCUGUAAAAACGCUUUCACUGCCCAUAACAAUUCUGAUAUCAAUUUCUUCGUCUCACAGAGUCCACAACUUCGAAUUCGACUAUUUUGCUCCUUCUUUCCUUCACUCUAGGUUUCGAUACAACUGAAAUUAGUAAUCAAAUGGAUUGGGGAAACGUAACUGCAGAAGAUCUGAUCGACGCGCUCCGUGAGGUUGACUGGUCAAAUCCGCCCCGUCCUCUCUCCGAAUUCUUCUCCAGAUUCACCCUCCCCCGAUCAUCUGCCAAAUGGAACAGCCGACUAAAAUGCAAUCUCUACUACUACCGAACAAACUACUUCAUCAUGAUUAUUUUUAUUCUGGGAUUGGGUUUCCUCAGAAGGCCGCUUGCUAUUGUUGCUGCUAUUUUGACAGCGCUUAGCAUUGCAUUUCUGAAUGACAGCUUUGCAGGCACUUUCAGUGAGAAGGUUACAAGAACUGUGAGACAAUUCUCUCCACAUCUAGCUGCCAAGAUGAGGCCUCCUCUUACACCGGUGAUUCGUGGACGUCCAUCAGCUAAAAGGGCAAUUCACAUAUGUGGUCGGCCUCGUUGGGUGAUCGUCUUGAUAUUUUCUUCUGUGAGUUUCAUCCUUUGGUAUGUUUCCUGUGGUCUAUUGACUGUCCUAUGGGCACUUGCUAUUGGACUUCUUGCCACUAUCCUCCAUGCAAGUUUAAGAACACCUAAUUUGAAGGCACGUUUAAAUACAUUUCGGGAGGAAUUCCGUGCAGUUUGGCGCAAUUAUAGCGAACUGUAGUGAUGUGAGCUCUAUAGGAAGCGAGUAUUUGCAUUGGAUUGAAUUUUCCAUUGUGAAGCUUCUACAUCUCCUCUUUUCUGGAUUGAGCUUUAAUUGCUGCUGUUGCUAUAAAAUAAUUAUCGUAGCAGGACUAGAUUUCUCAGCUGAAGCUGCCAAUAUUUGCAGGUCCACCAGAAGGCUGUGAAUUGCCAGGACCCUUUGUUUUUGUAAAGCAGACCUUUUCCGGAUGCUUUUAACUGUACCAAAAAAUUAAAAAAAAAAAAAAUUGUAGAAUUCUCAGGCAGGUUCUUGUUAUUGCCACUGCCAGCAGUCGACAUCUAUGAAGCAGGGAUGUUCUGUACUGAACCAUGCAUGACUUUUCUGACUAUCGUAGCCGUUUUUGAUCUUCAUUUAAACUUAAUAAUUGAAACGUUGGGCUCAUUUCAAGGUUUAAACAAUGAUGAUGUGGGGGCUUUUUCUUUCA